GCUACCGCGUUUCGCUGUGAGUGGCUAUGAGAUAUUAGAAACGCUGCCCUCGGAGUUUGUUUUAUUUAACCAGCUCGAUUAGCGACUUAAUCCUGCAUUGGCCAAAGCUCAAGCAACCUGAAAAUCACGGGAUCGCCGCCGGCCAAGGACAUCAAUCAAGGGAAAGUCGGGAUGUGGCCGCAAACGCUGGAAAUGUCGCGGGACGAGUGCCGAGGCAUGCUGCGUCGACUUGAACUCGAGUCCUAUUCGCAUGUUGUGAGUGUUUUUCGCGCCCAAGGAGCCCUAAGUGAAACCAAGGCAAAACUGCUGGAGGAACUGCGCCAACAAUUCCACAUUAACCAGGAGCGUCACCGGGCGGAAGUGCGAAGAGCUGCCAACGACGAGCAGCUUUGCACCAUAGCCGAGAACGUUUGUGGCCCAAACACCUGGCAGGAAUGGUCGCGCGAAGGACGUCGUCCGUAUCCUCUUCUUCCCAGGAUCAGUCCACAAACUGCUUUAAGUAUUGUUGCCAAUGAUCUGGCAGCCAAAGCUUCUGAGGAAAAUGCCAAAUUGGCGACUCCUGCCGAAACGGCGGUCCAUUUUGGAGAAGCCCUCUUGGAACAGGCUUCGCUGAUGAGCCUUAAAUAUCCUCGGAGUGGCAGGAAUCAAGAACCCGCCCAGGUGAUCAUGGAGGAGCCGUUUAAGGUGCCCGAUGUGCCCAACGAGGUGAAGAAAAUGACUCAAAAACGUAAGGAGAACGAGAGUGGAGCGGAGGGCAAGCCCAACAAAAAGAGACAUAUGCAACAGCCUCAUCCACAGCAGCCACAUUUGCCAGUUUCCCAGCAACAGCAACAGCAGCUAAGUCCAUCUUCAAAUCAUGUCGUCGAUGAUGGAGAUCCAGUGCCUGCGGAGAAGCGGUUAACUCCUCGAACUCUUCAGCAACGCUACUUCUAUCAGCAGCAGAUGAAACAUAAGCAGCGGCAGGCUAGCAAACGGAAUUUGACCAAUAGCCUGGGUUCACCUUCUGUCCAGGCGGGAAAUCCUUUGGGCGGCAGGAAUAUUACGACAACAGGGGGAGAAUCUAAUCCAGGCAAGCGAAUAGCUGCUCCUGCUAAGAGUGGGCGGAGGGCGCAGAAACAACUGCAACAUCAGCAGCAACAAAAGUUGCAGCAACAUCAGCAACAGAAAGUAUUAAUGCAGUCACCGGAAGCGGUGCCCAAUCAUAUGGUCGUACAGCCGCAUGUGGAGUAUGUGCUUGAUGAGGCGCUUAAAACGUUGGCUGCUACUACGCCUCCAACGCCCACGUCUACGGCCACUCCUCCAUAUACCUUCCUCAAUGAUCUGAGACCCUUGGUCACGCUAAAGCCACUAAAGCCCAUUAAACCCAUGGUGUAUGGACCGCAAAGCGGAUCGGGUGCGGGUGAAAUUGGUUCACCCACAACGCCAGGCUCUCGAGGAUUCGCCAACUCGCCAAUAGUUUUUAAGGAGAAGCUCCAGGCUUCACCUGUUCAGGUGCAAACCCCGAAUCAAACUACGCCCAAUAAGAAGUAUGUGGUAGAAGAAAGACAUCCGGAUAUGCUACCUUCUGCUGUCACUGCUACGCCCACUCCCAUUUCCACUGCAAAUCUUCCACUGGCUCCGCAGAUCAUCAGUGUUCAACAGAUCCCAGCUCCCCCAAUGGGUGCUAAACUGAGGCCAGCAGUGGCCUCACCAACCAGUUCCACAAAUUCUACGCUCUUACCACCCGGCUCCAAGAUCACCCCCAAGAAGUUCAAUAUUCUCGAGGGCGAUGCCAAACCGAAGACAUUGCCCAGCUCGGCGGUCCGACUUUUGCCCUACACGGAACCCAUUGGCGGCCCUUUAUCGCCUCUGAAGGAUUCCAGGGUUACUCCCUUAAGCAGCGCAUCCACAGUUAAUAUCAUCAAGAAUAUACCAGCAAGUAGUCUGAACAAUACACUGAUAACACCGCUCCCAUCAGCCGGAACUACAAUGCCGGCGAAUCUCUUUAGAGCGAAGGUGACAAAUCCUCAAAUAAAGGCUGCAAGUGGCAGUGCAGGUGGAACGGUAAUUGGUGCAACAGGAGCAGCAGGAAUAGGUGGAACCGGUACUGCCCCUCAAAUACUGGGGAACAUCAAGUUAACCAGCAGCACGGGAGGAUCAGCAACCAUCAAACAGGUGCCCAGCAGUGCACUGCGGAACAUUAAGAUUUGUUCACCGAAUGGAAAGGUAUUCCUGCAGCCAGGAAAACUACCAGCAGGAAGCAUUAUUCAUAAAUUAAACAAUACAAGUAGCACUUCGGUGAGUGGAACAGGAGGGGUAGUGACAACCACCACAGCUGUUUCCCCCACAAACCUACCGGCGAGAGAACAAAGAAUCAGCAUACAGAAGAUGCAGAUACUCCAGCCGGCGACUGCAGUAGGUAGCAGUAGUGGCAGCAGUCCCACCACCAACACAACCACCAUUUCCGGCUUGAGUUCGAGUGCCAAGCAGCCAAGUUUAGGCACCAAGCCCACCACUCUGACCUUCGCCACUGCAGGCGGUGGUAAAAACAAUCUGGUCUUCCUGCCAGCGAGUGCGGCGACUGGAAUGAGGGCACUCACACUAGCAACAAAGCCCAAGUCCAAUGUGCUGGUCAUCGGAGCAACAACAUCUCCUGCGACCACGACUAGUGCAUCAUCAGCAGCUACUCCAAAUCCCUCGGCAGGCACGAAGCCCAAACCCAAUCAACUCAUCACUGAGGACACACCCAUCGAUAUUAUAAAUAUGCCCAUCAUAGUGGCGGACAAUGGAAACUCUUCGGAGCUUAAUCAGGCUACGGUGAAGAACUCUCCUUUAGUGGUUUUCAAUGCCACCGAUUGGGAGAUGGAGUUGGAUCAGGCGGCCACUAAGUCGGCCACCACACCCUCCAAGCAAGCUCUAGACGAUGUCAUAAUAGAGGAAGAUGAGGAUAUCGAGGAGAUAGAGGAGCGGAGUGAUCAAGCAUCUACCAUGGACCUGAACAAUAGCAGUAAGUUGGGUUUUCAGGUCUAUUUUCUAGCGAAACUUAUUUACAUUUUGUUUCUAGUAAUUGAACUUCAUCCGGAGGAUGACAGCGCCAUCGAAUACGUGGACAUGGAUCUGGAGCAGCCAAUCGAGAUCGAGAGCACCAGCAACAUAUCGCCAGAGACGGCCACUACCACCUUGAAGGCAGCUAUUGUCUCGGCAUCUCCACAGCAACAGAAAAAGCUAUUGGAACAGCCAUUGGUAAAAGGAGCAGGGGCAGCUACCCUAUAGAUCGGUUAUCCAAUCAAAAAAUAAGUUACCUUAAAAAGUCCCCCAAUUCGAGAUAUUCGAGUGAGAGAACGCACACGUAUACACACACACACACAGCCCGGUUUGAAUUAGAUUUAGUUUAGUAGUUUAGCGUCAAUGUCAAGUUUUUCAUUUUUAAUAUUUGGUUAUUGCAACCCGAAGCCUUGGAGCAAAGUGCAAGAUUAUCGUAUAUUAUAUCUCUAUGCUAAUUUGUGGAGCCUAAGUUAAAGAUGAGCGUAAUGUUCGCAAUAGUUAAGUUGCCAAAUCAUACAACCACCACUGUUCUAAACAAUAUUAUCGUAUAGUGAAAAGUUUACCCUGGAAUUCGUGUUAGUUUUUAGUCUUAUUAUUUCAUUUCAUUCGCCUGCAAUUUUUGAAGCCUGGAAUCGAUUCCCUUCUUCUUAUCUCCUGUAUAUAGGGCAGAUGCCUCUGCAGACUUACCUUAAUUUUGUAUAGCUUGUAAAUAGAUUCCACACAAUUCGCCCCUUAACCCUCAUAUAAUUUGCCUAGUAUAAUUUCAUUUUAGCUAAGUUGCCUAGGUUUAUCCAGAAAAAAAAUUCAAAAAAUUGUACACAAAAACACAAAUAAUUCGAGAAACACGCAAUGAAAGUGAGAAAAUUGUUUAAAUGUUCAACUUGAAAGAAUUCUUAAUUGUAUGAGAUUAUAGAGCCUAGUUGACCCAAACCGAACAUGUAAAUAUCAGAUGAAUUUCGAAAUGCAAACCUUAUAUCGCAUAUACAAAUAUACAUAUGUAUAGACACCUAGUUCGGCUAAGAACCCCACACAUGUUUAAAGGAAACUCAUGCCACACACAUACACACACACACAAACAAACAGAUGAUUAACCAUUAACGAUUUAUAGAUCUUAAGUAUUUUAUGCGUCGAUUUUGUAAAUCCAAAUCUUAAGAGGAAUGUUGUAACUUUUAGACCAAGCCCAAAAUGAAAAACAAAAACAAACGGAAACGGAAACACCAUCAAAAAUAAGAAAGAUUCCUCCCCUCCACAGAAAUAAGCAGAAAAGUAAAAAUUGUAAUACAAAAAUAUUGUUGAACGAUGCGUGUCGCUGUAAAAUUUUUAGCAUAGAAAUUUUAAACGAAAUAAAUUUAAAUGUAACAAA